UUAUCAUACAUUCCUCAACCCACUUAAAUCUCAGAUCAUUUUUUUCUCUUCCACUCAAUUUUCCCAAAAACAAAAUGGCCGGCGGCAAAUGCAACCUCGAACGCGGUGGCAGUGGCAGUGGCGGAAGAGGAGGACGCUGGCAUAACCAGAAUAAACCGAAUCGUUACCGCGGCGCACCUAAGCAUGGAUCUCCCGGUUCAGAUAAACCAGCCCCCGCCACCGCAGGUAGGAGGUGCUGCUCCGCGCCGGAUCAGCCUCCUCCGCAGCACGGAAAUGAAGUGUUGAUUCGAGUUCGCGGAUGCGGACUAGGAGAAUUCUGCUGGUCGAUAUCGGUGCAGUGGUGGGGCCGCUUGUUGAUCUCCUUGAGCUACUCGCCGGGAGAGUGAUGAUGCGAGCCGUCAUGUGUUAACCUCCCUCCUAUGCAUAAACGCUUCCUCUUCGCAGAUGACACGUUUUUAUGCAUAGGAAGUAGUUUGUACGUGAAUCUAAUUGGACUAGGUCCAAGUUUGAGUGACUUUCCAAUGUGUGAGAUGUUUCUAUUUGUGUGUGUGCUUGUUAGUUUGUACGUGAAUCUAAUUGGACUAGGUCCAAGUUUGAGUGACUUUCUAAUGUGUGAGAUGUUUCUAUUUGUGUGUGUGCUUGUUAGUUUGUACGUGAAUCUAAUUGGACUAGGUCCAAGUUUGAGUGACUUUCCAAUGGGUGAGAUGCUUCUAUUUGUGUGUGCUUGUUUUUUCCUUAGCAUCAAUCUCAAAAUGUACUUAAUCGAUUGAAUUUGGGUUAUGGAGUCAUCAUUAUGUUA